UUUUCGUAAUUUUAAAAAUGUCAUUGAUAUUUCACUUUAAAUAAUAUUUUUAUAAAUUUUUUUAUUUAAAAUAUUUUCUUUAUGUUAAAAAAAAAUCCCAAAACCCAAGGGGUGCAUGUGACCCCCCUGUGCCUCCACGACUGUAUAUUCCCUUGUAUUGGACACAUGUUUUGCAAUGGGUUUUCAAUCUUGUUCAAAUCUGAGUUUUGCAAUGGGUUUUUUAGAGAUAUAUUCAAAUAUGAGUUUUCAAUCUUGUAAUGCAAAUUUCUUCAUUUCUUCUUUUGCUGCAUUUUUUUUUUUUUCAAAUCAUUCCCCCCUCCCCCCUUCCCUUCCUCUAUUCUUCUGGAGAAAAGAUUGCUUUGCUUAUUAACAGAUUGAUAUAUAUCCAUCAAUUACUUUUUCCAUACGUAACAGAAACUAGGAUCCCAUUCUUUGUUUGUUUUUCCUGUUUAACUUUUGAGUAGAAUUGUUGGAGACAUUAUCUAAAAAUUUUGUGAAAGAAUUAUAUGGUUUUAAUGAAUCUGUGAAUAAAAUUUUGUGAAAGAAUUAUUUUGUAAAAGAAUUUGUGAAUAAAAUUAGUAUUGCUGAUAUAUGAUAUAUGAUAUACACAAAAAAAAAAAAGGUAACUGAAAUUUUAUCUGAAAAUGAAUUAUAUGAUAUAUGUUUAAAAUUAGUAUGAUGUGAAUCUUAUCUAGAAUGACUGUGAUUUAUAAAUAUAUUUAUCUGAAUAUUUUCCAAGUAUUUUUUUUAAAAUUUGUAAUAUUGCUGAUAAAUAUUGUAGCCAGAGCAAUUUUGCCUCAAAAUUACAUGAUUGGGCUAGUAUAUUGCCGCAAAGAUUGACAUUGAUAUACACAGACAGACACAUGCAUGUUAUAUAUGCACUUGUUUCCUUUGAGUGCAGUCCACUUCAAAUUCUCCUAGUGGUCAUGCUUUUUUGGGCCUGAAUCUGGUUUGAUUCAAAUUCAUUAUUAUAGUUCUUGUAAUUUGGUCAUUUUUUCCUAGAUCUCAACUGAGGUUCUGAAGUGUGUGUUUGUAUAUUAGUAGGAAACUUUUGAAUGCAACUAGCACUUGAAUAAUGAACCAUAAAUCAAGAUCGACCCAACACAAGUUUGUUAUCUAUUAUAUAAUGGUUGCUUGUUAUAUAACAAAAUCCUUGUUGGCUUGUUGGACCAAAACACUAUUGCAAUUUGCAAUCAACCAAGUUUAGGAAAGAAGUUGGCCUUGUUUUCUUUUUCUUAGUCAUUCAUAUAAGCUAUUUAAUCUGUUUAUAGCUGAUGUAUACUCCAAGGCAAAACUUGAUGAACUUGGAGAAACUCAUUGUAGUUUGACUACUCAUGUGAAACUCAAGCAAAUGUUUGUGACAUUGGAUGAUCCAUGAUGCUUCUUACUUUGGUUCAGCUUAUGGAACUACUUAUAGGUUUGUUUAUUUGAGGAAAUUGUGUCAAAUUGUUUGCUCAGUUUCUGCUUAUAUCUUGUGAGUCAAAAAUAGUUUAAAUAAGCUGAACAAAAUUUAUAAUUUGAAAGUUGGGGAGAGAUGCUUUUAGCUUUUUCUUUUUGAUUUUCAAUUUUCCACUUGCAAAAAAUUUGCACCAAAUAGGCUCAUGUAUGUCCACAGCGAACUGGAUUGAUCAGAUUUCAUGUGAUGGAGUAUAGGAUUUUUAAGAGUUUAGUUCAGUUUUGAGAUCAUCUAAUUAUCUUAUUAUUGUUAUGUUGUGUUUUGUUUUUAUGGAUGAACACCAAGUUUGAUGCUUUCAGAUGGAAUUUGUCAUGGAUUAGUAGUGAUUUUAGUCAAUAAAUGGAAUAAAGAGCUUAUAAUCCCUGAAGUUUGACAUUUCUGUGGAUUAGCUCUAGAAUUUAUGUUACCCUCAUUCAGUUACUAUUAAACAAAUAAUUAAAUCUACUGCUUAAAGAGCAAAAACACAAUCCAGUCCAAGUCCAUAAUAUUUUAAAAUACAAUCCAUAAUAUUGCUGAAAAUUAAUUUGAAACAUGCUUUCUCAGUUUUAAAUAUUUUUACUUAUCAUCAUUGUAAAUUUUUUAUUUUGUACUAGAUAAUGGAUGAGGGAAAUGCAGGUAAUAGUUGUUUUGAUGGUGGAAACCCUUCUACACUAGUCCAAGUCCCAACUGCAGAAUCAACUAUUGUUACUAGUUCUUGAGAUUUCUUGGUGACUAUUGCCAACUGACUCCUGCAAUCUCUACAUCAAAUGAAGGUUGUUUUUUGUUUGUCAGUUCCCUAAAUUUCUGCUUGGAUUUGUGAACACUUGAGAUUUCUAGUAAAUCUGUAAAUUUGAUUGUAACAAUCCAUUUCCAAACUAAAAUGUCUCUCCGAAGACCCCCACUACCCCGUCUCCUUCUGAACAACGUCUCUUGCAUGAGAAAUGCCCAACAAAUCCUCCGUCACGUAAAUAUCUCCCUUCAUGACGGUGGGGCACUUGUGUUGACAGGCGCCAAUGGCUCAGGCAAAACCACUUUCUUGCGCAUGUUAGCCGGAUUCUCCAAACCUUCAGCUGGUGAGAUCCUCUGGAAUGGUCAUGACAUAACUGACUCGGGGGUUUUUCACCAAUACAAGCUUCAACUCAACUGGCUUUCUCUCAAAGAUGCGAUCAAAGAGAAAUUCACUGUCCUUGACAAUGUUCAGUGGUUUGAAGUUCUUGAAGGCAAGCAAGGGAAGUCUCUCCCUGCUCUGGAGCUUAUGGGGCUUGGAAGGUUGGCGAAAGAGAAAACGAGGAUGCUCUCAAUGGGUCAACGGAAAAGGCUACAACUUGCGAGGUUGCUGGCAAUUGAUCGACCGAUUUGGUUGCUCGACGAGCCUUCGGUGGCAUUGGAUAAUGACGGGGUCAAGUUGCUGGAGUAUAUUAUUGCAGAGCACCGAAAGAAGGGUGGGAUUGUCAUCGUAGCAACACAUUUGCCGAUUAAGAUUGAAGAUGCCAUGUAUUUGAGGUUGCCACCAAGGUUCCCAAGAAAAAUGACUUUGGUAGACAUGCUUGAUCGAGCUGGUUAGAGAAGUAAGAUGUUAAUUCCAUCAAUUUUUUGGACAUCAUGUAGUAUGCCCAGAAGCUGAAUCAAUGAAAGCAUGAAGAAAGCAUACGUUGGACGGAACCAAAGUGACCUCGAUGUUCAAUAUAAAGGUAGUUACUUUGCUUAAAUUAUUUUUUGUUGCCCAGUUGAAGAACUUUAGGCAUGUUUAAGCUAUAGUUGUAGUCUUCGUUGUCUACUGCAUACAAAACAUCAAUCAACAUCUUAUAAAAAGGGUGACAAUUAAAAUUUUCAUUUAGAAGCUCCAUGGACCUUGAGAUAGGAUUUAGGUGUUGGCAAUUUUUGCGUGACCAGGUCUCGGCUUUAUUUUGUAAUGGGGCUUAGUAGUUGAGGGGGCUGAAAGUGUCUUGUUCAAGGACAAUAUUAGACCAAGAUUUUGUAUUGCUGAUUUUCUACAUUUUGUUGGACCUUGAGAUAGGAUUUAGGUGUUGGCAAUUUUUGCGUGACAAAAUGGUCUCGGCUUUAUUUUGUAAUGGGGGCUGAAAGUGUCUUGUUCAAGUACAAUAUUAGACCAAGAUUUUGUGUUGCUGAUUUUCUACGUUUUGUUUAAUAUUUUAAUUUUAUUUGUU